GCUCGGGGUCCGGUCCGUCAGGGGCUGUGGAGUAUCCUUGUGGCUCGGCCGCGUUGUUUAUAAGUGGCUCUUAACAAACCGGAGAAGCCGAGGUGACGUCUUCAACUAAAAAUCAGCCACGUGUUUUACUUGUGCCCGCAGGUGUUCCAAUGUUCAAUUCAGUCACCGUUACAGAUCGAAGUGUGACGGCUGAGCCAGGUGAUAGGAAGAGUCGCUCGUACACGCGCUGACGAUCGAUGUGCCAAGCCCGAAGCGGCCCCCCCACUUCACCUUGCUAUCCGCGCCACAAUGGCGGCGUUGCUGCUGCUGAAGGCGCUGUGCGCGCUGGCCAUGUUCGUGCUCAUGUCGCUGGGCUGCCUGCUACCCGUGUGGCUGCUGCGCCGCGCGGAGGCGGCUGAGUCGCGGCGCGCCCGGCGCCUCAUGGCGGCCGCCAACACCUUCGCCGGUGGCGUCUUCCUCGGCACCUGCUUCUGCGCCCUGCUGCCCUCCGUGCGCGAGAAGGCCUUCAUCGUGGGGAAGGCGAUGGGCCUCCCGGAUCAGUACCCCCUGGCCGAGUGCUGCAUGGUGCUCGGCCUGCUACUCACGCUGCUGUUGGAGCAGCUGGUGCUCGUCUGCCGGCGCUCCGAGCCACCCCCGCGCGCCGCCUACGUGGGGCUCGACUCGCUCGACGGAGACGCCGGUGCCGACUCGGACACGGAGGCCGAGGAGGAGGACGCCGACGAGGCCGGGUCGCCGGCGCCGCUCAAGCACGUCCGUCCCCCGCCCGGCCGUCGCCAGCAGCAGCCGCGGCGCCACCGCCACCACCGCCACCACCGCCAGCAGCCGCAGCAUGGGCACGGCCACGGCCACUUGGACGCGGCCGAGCUGGCCGAGUCGAGCUCGCUGCGCCUCGCCGUGCUCGUCCUCGCGCUGUCGGCGCACUCGGCCUUCGAGGGUGUCGCGCUCGGCCUGCAGGAGACGGCGGCCAAGGCCGCGGGGCUGGCGGUGGCGGUGGGCGUGCACGAGACGCUGGCGGCGGCGGCGCUGGGCGCGAGCAUGGCGCGCGCGGGGCUGGCGCCCUGCCGCGCCGCGCGCCUGGCCGCCGCAUUCUGCGCCGCCAUCCCCGCGGGUGUCGCCAUCGGCACCGCCGUGGAAAACGGCGCCGCGGGGCUGGCCGGCGAAGCCGCCUCGCUGGUGCUGCAGGGCCUGGCCGCCGGCACCUUCCUGUUCGUCGCCUUCCUGGAGGUGCUCGCCAAGGAGAUGGCGCACGGGCAGCGCGACCGCGUGCUCAAGGUCGCCUUGCUGGCGGUCGGGUACGCGCUGCCCGCCGGGCUGGCAUUCAUGCACUGGUGAUGCGCGCGGUGCCACCGCCGCCACUGUGCUGGUUACAACCCGGCACGCCGGGACGGGAGACCCGUGCGCGCCGGUCCUUCGGCGUGGCCUCGGGUAGUUGUGGAGAAAAAAAAUGGAUGACAUUUCAUGUUUGCACCAUUCUCAUAGCGCAAGGCUAUCUUGAAGGAAGGUGCUGCCGUGUUUCACAGGCAUCGUCUGCAGUGGUUUAAAAGUAUGGGGUGAUGUUGCUCCGUGGUUUCACGCAUUUAAAUCAUUUGCAAGUAAUUUUCGGAACGUGGCAAAUUCGGACCGCGACGCCACCACAUGCUGCCUACUAUUUCUUGAAAAUCGUCACAGGAUAUUCAAUAUCCACUGCGAUGCAGGUGGACCACAAGUCCAGUUAAACACACGCGCAGUAGCAAUCGGGAGGGCAAGCAAAUGUUUCCAUGGCGGUUGGAGCGCAUAACCCGGAGCCCUUUAUUUCUUAUUGCUUGUUUAAAUGCGUUACCUGGGUUCUGCUUAGAACAGCCAAUUCCCAAAAAGAAGGUCGCGAGUUUGAAUCCAAGUAUAGGGGGCGGUGGACAGAAUUCAAUGUUUUAUCCAUCCUGGGUCAAAAGAAUGUCACCUUGUGGAAAGCUGAUAGGAGUUGUCCUUUGGAGUCACUGGUCCCACCAUCAUCAUCACCAUGCACGAUCAAUCCACUGCUGGAUGAAGGCCUCGCCAAGCAGUUGUCAUUUUACACGCUCCCUGAGAGGGAAAUAUCCACCACGGUACCUGCACACGAUCCGCUUUCAUCGCUACAUCUCCUCGCGGACGUGCUCUCUAGCGUGUUUCCCACCGGAGGGUGGCAUUUACACCGCUGAGUCUGGCAGAUGAGCACCAGUGGUGACUUGGUUGAGCAGGGAAGACACAUUGACCGUCUCAAAGCUGCCUCUUUCAUUAUUACACCAAAGAGCCUGGCUGUUGUCCUGUUUGGUCGAUCGCUGACAGUCAUGGUGAGGUUGUACCACGGAUCUGGAGAAGGAAGGCGCUUUCCUACAAUGUGUAUUUGUAUACAUUUACCUGCUGUCAUUUCACAUGUAAUGGAUACUGAGUAUUGCUCUGUAGACACAAGGUAGACAUGUCCCUGUUGCAUAUUGGGGGACGAAGUCACUUGCGCAGUCACUCCUAGAAUAGAGGAUGAAUUGUGCAUUAUUAUUGUUUUCCACAUUUUAUUAAUAUUGCGCAGCGUAUGAAACAAGGUGUAGGAGUCUGUAUGGAAAAACUCUGAUCCCUCAAUGGCUUUUUUACUGCUGGUACUGUAGCACGCCAUAGCGGAACAAAGCUCGCUAAUGAACAGUAGCUCCCUGGGCAAGGUAGGCAAGGAAGUCCACGUUAAAGAAAGACAACCCAUAAAACGUAAUAAUGCAAGAAUACUAAUAAUAAUGAUCGUACGAGUGUCCAUAUCGUACCCAUAACAUAAGGAAAUGUCUCCACUAAGAUUCAUCUUUACACUCCUACUACACAAUUUGGUUUGAUGAGGUCUGAAUGCAAAUUCGAUGUGUGCAAUAUAGUGGAUUGUGGGUAAAUAUAUAAUUAAGGUGUGGCCAAAAUAAAAUAGUGCUCCUGUCCAGAGCAUUUGCCUAUUUGAAGUAAACCUUGGACCGGUUUUGACUUUAUUUGGGUCUCAUCAGCAGAGCGUGUCUUCCACCAAUGCCCAUGGGAGCUCUCGACACGUUCGGAUCUCUGGCUCAAAUGACCAUCUCAACUGCUUACGGAAUUCUCACAUGUUAGAAUUUUUCCCAAAUUUAUUAGUUGUGUUUCCGGCAUAAUGUCACGAGAGGAUGAAUCCAUUCACAACUCUGACAGGGCAGUGCGUUAUCCCCGUGGUAGAGAACGGCCUAUAGAAAGUGGACAUCACAGAGCUCCCUCUGAGAUGCCUUCAAGUGGCCUCUGGUGUACCCAUCAUGGGGGCAGUACAUUCCUACACGCCCUGCCACUGAGAGAAAUGUUCGUCGCAAGACAGUCAAACUCAUGUAUUUAAUUCUCAAAGCUGGAAUAGGCAAAUUUAAUCACGGAAUAAAUGUGGUCUUUGUGUGCAGUUUUUGACCGGGCUGAGGCCGUCGACUAACAACACUUGAGAACCUCUGAUCCAUGUGCCACCUUUACAGAUCUUUUUAUGCACUGUAUAUGCGGUUUAAUAAGCAUUCAGAUAUUUUCAGAAGGAUAUUUAUCUCUGAGUGGAUUAAUGGAGGGAUGGAAGUUAUCUAACAUAUGAUAAUUUCCUUUUCAUUCACAAUCAAUGUUGCUGAUUAUUCUCUUGCUACUUUACUGUCGGUUGUAAGGGUCACUGUGUUAAACUUUUUAAAGUUUACUCUAUAAACGUUACUCAUAGUUUAUCAUUUGGCUAUUGACUGUGUUUACAAAUUAAUCAUUUGAAAUGAUGUACAGCCGUCUGGAAAGAAAACAUACGGUACUGGUAUGAGCUUGUUAAUUUGUUUACAACGUUCCUGUUGGUUUUGUUAUUCUGGGUGUUCUUAUUUACAAUUUUAAAUAGGGUUUUAAAAAUAGAAAAUUGGCUAGGUGUUGAACAAUUCAUUUCAACAGGCGAUUGGAUGAAUUGUCACGAUUUGGAGUCGUUCGAUUCGAGCCUCAAGCAAUUUUGUCUCGUUUUUUAUUGUCUCAUUGGUUCUGUUUACCCCGAGUGUUAUCGGGGUCUUGUUUGUUCCAUUAACCUAAAUCUGUAAUAUCCUGUGGAGCACACGUGGCUCAGUGGUACAGCAAGCGGAAGGUUGAAGUUCAUAUCCUGAUUAUGGGUUCACUCAGCUCAUCAAUCAUCUACUGCACACGUGACCACGAAUGUGAAUCGCUUGUCCCUAGGUCUCUCAUCUCGCGAUAUCUUGUUUCUUUCUCUCUUCUCGCUAAUCUGUAUUUCCUCAUGUCCCAGCUAGCCAGAUUAAUUAUUAGCAGGCCAUAGCUCAGCGGGCCCCUCCAAAGGGCCUACAUCUGGCACACCAUUUGAAGAGCCCUGGCCUAAAGGGACAUGAACAUGUAAUCCACAUUAAUUAUAAAUACAUUUCUCGGACGCACAAUUCGAUGCGUGUAUUGUGAGCACAAGACUCGAUCUGGCAUGUAAUAAUUGUAAUUCAAUGCAUUUACAUGUUAAAUAAUUUGUUACAUGCCCAAUAAAUAUGUAAUGGAUAAAGUUUGAAAUAUUUUUAUGGACUGUGGGGACGAUUGUUUGGUCACAAAUAUAUGCCACUCCUAAACUUGUUUUUGUUUACUUCACAAUAGUCGGUGCCGAUUGGUGAAAGCAGGGACCAUAAACGUGGGAGGGUAAUACAGUACAACAAUGGAUGUUGCUGCAUUGCCCUCUGUUGCCUGCAACAUAGUGGCGCAGCAGCCUAGAACAGCUCUGUACUCGCCUGUCUCGUGCGUUGUGAUCGCCCAUCCAACUACUCUACAGGCUCAACCCUACUUAGCUUCCGAGAUCCAGCAGGAUGCGAUGCAUUCCUGGUUAUUGUCGUUGGUUAAUCAUGAUAACAUCUUGAGAUUGGUUUCAUAGGAAAAAUGUGAACAGUGAAAGUGUAUGUUGCAUAGCAAUAUAAUGUUGCUACAGAACUCCAAAAAAUCUGCGGAGAUAUGGGAAUGGGUUUUUCGCAGAUUCCGUAAUCUGCGAUGUUAAUCUAGAAAAUCCGCGAGAAAAAAUGGUGGACUUUGAGGUUUUAGCCACGCGUCUCCAUAAAUCCAUGAGAAAUAUAUGGAUUAUAGAAGCAGGGAAGCACGUAACGAUACUCCAGAGCAAAUUGUCAGCACAGUGACAUCUGUUUAUAUUGUUCUCUCCCUGUAUCUCCAUGUGUCUCUCUGUGUCUUUGUCUCUCAAGCACUUCAAACACAUCUCCAUUGUGACUUUUACCUCAAACAAAAGGUAAAUGCCAUCGCUGGUGUCUUGUGAAAGAGGCAUUUUACUUGGCAGAUUACAGGAGUUUUUAGCUGCCCUCCAAAUGUCCCCAAGUUCUCAGGCGUUUUGAUUUUCUCCUCCGCAGAUGACGAAAGUUGCAGUAAACCGCGGUUGCCACAGAUUUUAGAAUUCCCGGAUUUAUUGGAGUUCUACUGUAAUCGUAAAACGAGUCGUGGUAUAAAUAAACAACGUGGUGCUUAUUGUUUGGUAUUUGUAAUACUAAUAUAUACUACUAUGGAAAUAGUGGAUGCAUUGAAUUUAGUCUGAAUUUUACAGUUUAUAACUGUAUUUCUGUUGUAAUUAUUUUAGAUAACUUGGAACAAUAGGCUCAUUGUUUACCAUUAAAACUGUGAGCCGAGGGCAAGGCUAUCAGACACUUCCCAAAUGCCGGUCACGCUAUCAGACGUCAAAUACAGCACGGAGGUUUCCUGUGGCGCCUCGUGGCAGGGCCUGCGCUGCAAGAUUCGCAACGCCACUGGACGGACGGCCACGAGUGGUGAAAUAAACCCCAAACUGUUCUCAAAGGUGACGUGGCAUUCGUGAAGAAAUGGUGUGGAUGUAAAUAAGGUACAAUCUUGUUAUAAAACCAUCCCAUGUCGAUA